AACACCCAUUCGCUGCGUUGAGUCAGCAGAAGUCAAAACUAAACUGCGAAUUAAAGUGAAGGAACUUUACCUGGGUUGUUCUCUCAGACCACAGCCCCGCGAGUGACCAAUUUGUCCAGUUGUUGAUUGUGGAUUAAACCUCUUUGUUACCUAAAGAAUAUCACCUAGUGCAAUAACAAUAUGUCCGAGUAGAAAGGUGCAAAAUUGUAUCGUGAAUAACUAAAUCAUUUUUGCUAAAUUGCAAUCAUCUAUAUCACAAUCUGUGCAGUUCUAGAGCCAAUACCGGAAUACAAAAAAAUGGAGACAUUCGAGCAGAAAACCAACGUUAACGUGCCCGUAAAGUUUCCAGGUGCUCCAAUGAAUCCACCUCUCACCGAUACAGGAGAAGAUCCACAUCCCAGUCUGUCCGAUUGGCACGACUACGAACCGAAUCUCGAAUUUGACGACACAGAACUUUCACAAACGGCGCCCGAACCGGGGGGUACGGUGAUUUUCGAUGAAGAUAACUUUUCCGCCGAAUUUGAGGAAGUGUCAGCAGACGAAAUAAUUAAAACUACACUCGACCCGGACAACUACGAGGAACAGCUUAAAAUGAUUGAGCCCGACGAAAACACCAUUCGCAAAGAGUUCAAGCGGCGAAAAUUCAUCGAGUUCAUCGGAACGGACAAGCAUGGUCAGCCGAUUAUUGCGAUCUAUGCCUGCAGUUUGCCAGAACGGAAAGAUUUGAACACGAGUAUUUUCAUCGAUUUUAUCAUCAAGUCGAUGGAAGAAUUUGUUCAAAACGAUUACAUUAUCGCGUACUUUCACCAGGGCAUGAAAGAUAACAGCAAACCGUCCUUACAGUUUCUGUGGAAUUCUUACAAGGAGCUGGAUCGGAGUUUCAAGAAGAAUCUAAAAAAGUUGUACGUGGUGCAUCCAACAACGUUCAUCAAAAUGGUGUGGUUUUUCUUUAAACCUGUCAUCAGCGAGAAGUUCAAGAGUAAGCUCAUUUACACGUCCAGCCUCGACGAGCUGAAACAGUCAUUAGGUUUACAUGCGCUUAAAGUGCCGGAUCCGGUUCGAGAAUUCGAUGAAAAAAUCAACAACACCGCUCGCUACACGCUGCGGGGCAGCAAAUCUAGUCUAAAGAGCAGUCGUUCGAUGGAACACAUCCCGAAGACGAGCCAAUUUGGAGUUUCACUCAAGUUCAUCAUCGAGAACAGUGCCUGCCUCAAUUGCAUUCCACCGAUCGUGCGUAAAUGUGUCGAUCAUUUGUCGCUUUCUGAUGUAAUCGAUACCGAAGGCAUCUUCCGAAGAUCGGGCAACUAUACGCGAAUAAAAGAAUUACGAGAGAAGGUCAAUCAAGGUGAAGAGGUGCAACUGUCCAACGAGGAUACCCAUGUGGUUGCAGCUUUACUUAAAACGUUUCUCCGCGAACUUGAAGAGCCUUUACUCACUUACGAGCUGUAUGAAGACAUUGCUCAAUUUGCCGAAUGGACCACCGAAGAGCAGCGGUCACGCAAUGUAAAGCAGAUUUUGCGUGAAAAGCUUCCGGAGGAAAACUACGAAUUGUUCAAGUACAUUGUGGAGUUUCUGGGUAAGAUUAUGGAGCGAAAAGAUUUCAACAAAAUGACGUCCUCAAAUCUAGCGAUUGUGUUCGGUCCCAACCUGAUCUGGCCAAAACAAGCGCAAAUGUCGCUGGACGAGAUCGGACCGAUCAACGCAUUCAUCGAUUAUGUGCUGCAGAAUCAGGAUGAUAUUUACUUUGUCGAUAUCAACAAAAAAGAUGGAGGCUACGAUUAACAGCGGUUGAUAUAAGUUUAGUUUAGUCUAAAGAACUAGAAUUUUAUUUCGAAGUCUUUCUUUCGUUAUGCAUUUGUGCUGGUUCGUUUUCAGGUGCAUGGAUUCUAUGUAUGUUCGAGAAGUUAAAUGUGAGCACAAGCUGUUUAUUUUCUGUAUUGAUAUCUAGGUUCAAUUAAAUGUACCUCUUGUGUUACUAAAACUGAACAUUCUUUAAUGAUAAAAUAGAGAUAGGUACAGUGAUUUUUUAGCACACGAAUGUAAAUAUUAGCGCGAGCGAGAAUUUUAAACCAGAAACACUAAUAUCUAUAAGAAGUUAACCCGAUGAAUAGUCAUUAUUAUACAUUUAACAGUUGAGACAAAAAUCUGAUAAUUUUAUGAAGGAAAAAAAAAGAAACAGGCGCUUCGUUGUUUGAAAACACAAGUUUUAAUCAAAACCAAAGAUGGGAUAUCAAUAUUCAGAGGAACCGCAGGAGCUGCAGUGAAAAUUCGCCAACUGGAAUAAAUCUCAGGCAUUUCCAUUUUCUCUCUUGGAAAACGUUAAGAGUCCAAAACGGUGUGCCAAACGGAGCGUAAAAACAAACAUAAACAUGACCAGUGUGUCCUAGAUUAAUUGAUAUUAACACACAUCCUAAUAACAAACAGUCUGGAACAAAUAUCAAUUCUUAUCCGUAGAUGAAAUAAUGAAAAUAAACUAAUAGGCCGGCUAGGGAUUGAAUGAGUAAACCUUAAGAAUAAAAAAAGACACUCUCAAGUCAUAUUUUAACCCACUCUGGAUAGUCAUUUGCACUUACUUUUUUUUCUAGAGAGAAUCUGCAGUGUGCAGGGAUAUGUUGCCCUCCAGUGAAUUUUUGUUUCCAAUUUGUAAUAACGUAUAGCAGCAACUGGGUAACCAAAUUCUACCGUUAAACUGAAACGAAGCGUGAAGCAUAUUGGGAAAAUUUACACACGGAUUGGAGAACUGGUUAGCACAAGUUCAAGUUUGCGACAGGUUUUUAGGAUAUCGUUAAAUGGUACGAACAUCGAACACUGUUCCAAGGUAGCGAUUAAUGUACAGAGUUUAUAGGUGAAUAAAUCAUUAAAUAACAU